AUCGCAAACCAUCCAAUAUCUCGUAGCGAUCGAGUAUUUGCAACCCUCUCUCUCAUCAUAUUAUUUACAACUUCCUCAUAUAUUGGCUUUGAUCUGAUCCGUUUCCGAAUAUCAUUCACGUUUCAGUUAUACACAAUAUACAUACGAAGUAUUUUUUAAUCUUCAGCUCAUUCUUAUUAUCUGAUCCUCACCAAAUUUUCUUUAACCCUUUUAUAAUGGCUAUGGAGGAUGAAAACAACAGUGUAACAUAUGAAGAGGAAUUUGUGUUAAAUUCGAGAGGAAUGAAGCUCUUUACGUGUAAAUGGCUACCUGGGCAAUCUGAGCCUAAAGCUUUGAUCUUUCUCUGCCAUGGAUAUGCCAUGGAAUGCUCUGUUUCAAUGAGAGGUGCUGCCACAAGGCUUGUGAAAGCAGGGUAUGCAGUUUAUGGUAUGGAUUAUGAAGGCCAUGGGAAGUCAGCUGGUUUGCUGGGUUACGUUCCCAGCUUUGAUGAUGUUGUUAACGAUUGUUCUGAUCAUUACUCCAAAAUUUGUGAGAGGAAAGAAAACAAGAAAAAGAUGAGGAUGUUGCUGGGAGAAUCAAUGGGAGGAGCUCUUGCUCUUCUCCUCCAUAGAAACCAACCUCAUUUCUGGGAUGGUGCUGUCCUUGUUGCUCCCAUGUGUAAGAUUGGUGAUGAGAUAAAGCCAAAUCCGAUGGUGAUUAGUGUGCUAAACCAACUGUGCAAGGUCAUCCCGACGUGGAAACUUAUCCCAACCCAAGAUAUUGUUGCAGCUGCCUUUAGAGACCCAAAUGUUAGGAAUGAGAUCAGGGCGAACCCGUAUUGCUACAAGGGCCGACCGCGCUUGAAAACCGGGAAUGAACUCCUCGCUGUUAGCAUGGACUUGGAGAAAAGGCUUAAUGAGGUGAAGUUGCCAUUUAUAGUUGCACAUGGAGAAGCAGACAUUGUAACAGAUCCGGCGGUGAGCAAACUCUUGUAUGAAACGGCUUCAAGCACAGACAAGACCCUCAAGUUGUACCCAGGAUUGUGGCAUUCGCUAACCUAUGGCGAGCUGCCGGAGAAUUUGGACGUCGUGUUUUCCGACAUCGUCAACUGGCUUGAUGAAAAGGUGACCUUGGGCAAUGGAAGGCUUGAGAGAGAACUAAAACAAGCUAAUGAUGACAUAGAAUUCAAACCAGUUGCUGCAAGCUAAUUCAUGCUUCUCAUAUAUUGUUGUAUUUGCUUGUAUAAAAUUGGCCCACACGAACUAAUCAACUACUCCGUACUAAACAUACUCUAAUGCUAGCUUUAAUACAUGGUAUGUACUUACGUCAUAAUCAUAAAACAUCGUAUUUUGGUGGUUUCCUU